GGGGUGGGGGGUGAAAGUGGGGAGGUGGGUGAAGAUGGGAGGGGGAUCAGGGAGGGGAAAGGUGCCAAUUUGGUAGAGUGGGCAGUGUGUAAAUGAGAGUCAUUUAAAAAUAUAUAUACAGACUUUAUAUUUGGAUCCAUCGUCUCUGCUGCAUGGUUUAAACUCUGCCUGAUUCUUCAGCAAACUUCUUCUCAAGUAUCUACCUACUCACUAUGACCUGUUUUUAAAUAUGACGGUCCCUCCAGGCUUCAUGAGGAUUCUUAGAGUUAAAAAUACUUGAUUUUAUGGUCAUCUUUAUGAAACAAUUAGAAUUCAGGCUGUAAUGCUUCAAAGAUUUCUUUUGCAUGUAGCACAUUUUACAUCAAUCCAACAAAACCAUAUCCUCCUGGCAGCGUGAAGAACAACCUACAUGCUGUUUCCUACGUCUGCAGGUCCUCUUGUUACUUUUAGACAAACACUCAUAAGUGAUGAGGAUUACUCAAUCGUUGUAUAAACAGUCUGAGUUUGUUUGUUUUAACUCUUUAUUAUUUUUGUAUUAUGCACAGUAGGGGUGUCUCGAUACGGUAUUGAUAUUGGAUAUCCCAUAUCAACCGAUUAUAAAGGCCUGCAUCUAAAAUAUCCGAUAUCAACAGUCCAAUAUAAGCAGUCGAUUCCAGACUCCGUUCCAGCACCUCUAUCUAGCAGCGCCUGGAUCCAACAUUUAUAGCCAACGUAAUCACAACAACAGUGUGUACUAAGGUACUAACAAAGUACCUAGGAAUAGGAAUGCUUUUUGCCCUGUGGCAGUAUUUUUCAUUUACCGUAUUUCUCAGAUUAUAAGGCACACUUAAAAUCCUUGGAUUUUGUCAAAAAUUGAUAAUGCACUUUAUAAUCCAGCGCACCUUAUGUAUGAUAACUUGUUGUGCUUAAUGACCGAUUUUAUGUGGUACAAUGCGCCUAAAAUGUGUAAGUACGACUUUGGUAAGCAACGAAACCGCUCCACUCAAUGGAUAUUCGAAGCACUAUGGUACGUUGUGUCACUACCUGAUCAACCGAGUAACAGGACCCCUAAGUAGUCUACAAGACUGCCUGACUGUAACGUCUAAACUAGAAGUGCAUUCAUGUAAGGAAGCCUGGGCCCGCAGUAUGUGCUAGCAACAAUAAACCAAUCAAUGCUUAAUGUGCCUUACAAUGCGGUGCGUCUCAUGUGUGAACAUAGACACAUUAAUUCACAGUCUGCUGUAUAAUCUGGUGCACAUUAUUGUCCGAAAAAUACGGUAAGUCCGAAAAAGACGUUGCAGCUGAGUGCGAAACUUAUCACGCACAAGUUUAUGCUAUUAUCGGAUCAAUACCAGUAUUGGCCAAUAUUGAAGGUUACAAUAUCGGUAUCAUAUCGGAGGUAAAAAAGUUAUAUCGGGACACCCCUAAUACACAGUUUAUGUUUAAAUGAGGAUCAUGAGGUCCCUCUGGGGAAGGUAGAAUCUUCCUCUGUCCACCAAUGGCCUGAAUGAUGAGGCAACCCCUCAUUGCCUCAAGUGACCGGCUUGUUUGCUUUAUUUUGGUUCAAAGUGUGAGAAAAUUGUGAUAAUAAACAAACUUCUUCAAACUGUCACAGCAGCUGCUCUUAAAACCAGGGCUCGCUUUCACACUCACGCUGUUAAUUCAUCUGGAGAAAACUACUUAAUGGUGUGUCACGACAGAGCCACGGGGGGGAGGAGGGUGUUAUUUCAAACAAUGCUGAGACAGGCUCUGUACCAAAAAUAACGCAGUAGUCAACGCGAGGCGGCAGGAACACCUCGACUGAAGGUAAAGACAGUGACGUUUGAAAUAUGCUGACAACACUGUCAACUAAACUCAACAUCAAAUGUGUUAAAUCUACAGAUUAUUUCAUCAUCACUGCUUAAGUAGCUAAGCUUUUGUGUUAACAUGAGAGGACAUAUAUAUAUCUUGACUUACAGGGAUUACAGUGAUUUCACAGUCAGGUGUUAUACUCAUGUUUUUCCCUUCCCUUGAGCUACGCCAGGUCUCAGCCCUUACAGUGCGGCUCAUCUUACCUGCCACCCGCUCGUCCGUUUCUCUGUUGCCGUCAUCUGAGUAUCGGGCAAAGUCGAGAGAGUCCAAGGUGCUGAUGCUGCCCGCUCGAUCUGAACGGAGACAAAGGACAGACACACUAGUGAGACAACUAUAAAACCAUACAGUCGUGAGAGAAAAUAUGUGAAAUGACUAAUGGAUUGAAAUAACUUAACCAGGCAGGGUGUGUGUUUAAAAAACUGGGUUCCAGUUAAUGGUGACUAAAACAGAUGGAAAGUCUAUCAAACUCAAACUCUAUAAACUAUGUGGGAGGGCUAAACUUUCGCCAAGAAACCCAUGAGUCAGCGCAGAUGGGGGAAUCAAAUCAAUCACGAAACUUUAACUUUCCUAAAACCAUAACUCAACGGAAAGGUCAAUUCAUGAAACCGGAUCUGACAGAGCACCCUUAUGUCUGAGUUAGUGGUAUUGUUAACUUAAUCACACACACACAGAUUGAGCUGAUGCAUAUGAAUACUUGUGCUCCUAUUUCACUGAGGUAGACCGGUGAGGCAGCAGGUUUAGCCAGGUGUUGGCUUUCCUUAACUGCAGUGUAAGUGACAGAUCAGCCCAUUUGUUCUCUGCAAACCAGAGAAGGACUAAGCUAAAUGUAGAGCGUAGAAGAGCUUCACAGAUAUGGGAUUUUUGAGACAGCAUACCUUUAUUGCUGUUAAAGUAGGGGUGGGAGAAAAAAAUUGAUUCACCCAAGUACUGCAAUUUUUUGUUUUACAAUUUUUAAAUCGAUUUUUAUGUUAGAAAAUCUUUUUUUUUCUUCUAAUGAAUCUUAUAAACUGCCUUAGAUGUGACAUGUUUUUUUUGGGGGGGGAACACAGUUCUUGGAAUAGUCAGUGGACAAUACUAAUCAUUCAACUGUUUCACUGGAGUUAAAAAGGCAGACUAAAGGUCCUUACACACCUGGACUGACGCAAAUAUACAACACGAAUAUACGAUUUAUUCAGAGGCGAAUUUUGACGCGCCUGAUUUUACACUUCAAGCCCGUUGCGAUUUUGCGACUUUCCGUGGGGAAUAAAGAUGCAUCCCAGGUGGAAGUGAGAAGACUGACUCAACAGCACACUUGACUGUUUUUUAGUUCUAAAUAUACACGAGUGUUGAGAUGGCUGUCUGUCAUGAUAGCAUGUACUGAGUCAGGGCCAGUACCAGAUAAGCACAUUAAACUAUAAUCCAUAAACGUAAGGUAACAACAAAGAUCGAGAAAACCGACAAUAUUGUGGAAUCCCAAUUUAAAUCGAAUCAGCAUCCAAAAAAUUGUAGAAGAAUCGAAUCGGGAGAAAAGCUUAUCGUCCCAGCCCUACAGCAGUCCUGCAAAAAAAGCUACUCUGCUGAAAGUGACCCUAACGAGGACCUGAGUAGGCUACUUUUCAGAGAUUUUUGUCAUGUGAAAUAAAAGUAUGUCCUUUUCCUUUGGCUCUACACUUGUCUUAGAGGAAAAAUCACAGCAAUCCUGAAGCACCAAAAACCCAAUAUGUGAACAAAGAGAAGAGCCAGCAGCGCUUCUACGACGCACCGUGCAAAUGUUAAACCAACCACGCUUUUGAUGUUUGCUCUGAGUUAUUUGUUUAGAUGCUUUGUAUAUAAGCGCUGUAUGUUAAAGAUGUAACCAUAAAGCUUUCACACACUCUCAGUGCUGCGGCUGUACAGUGGAGUUGAUUUUGGCUGCAUUUGCGUAUGUGUGUGUCUUUGUUCUCAUUCUGUCAUGCCGGUGCCAAGUUAACCCCCUUUCCCCCGUGGAGAAUUUUUCCAGCCAUCCUCACUUCCUCACUAUGUGUGACCGUACUUCCGUUAAGAGGCUGCGCUCUUUUUUCUGUGAAUCAGCAGAUUAGAGGGUGUUUGUGUUCAUGUGUGUGUGCAACAAUUAAAAAAUAACCUGUAAUUCCACAGUGUGGGAGCAAUGAACAGAUGUCUUUUGUGUGUCUGCCUGAUUUGUAAAAAAAGCAGCAGUUCUUCUUGGCUGACCUUUCAGUUGGGAGCCUGAGGCGAGUGUAGUCUGGGCUGUGAUGGAGCUGACACUUAAUACUGUCACCACGUCACUGCACUCCUGCUGGGGCAGGUGCAGCUACACACACAGACAUAGACACAGACACAAAUCCAUGCUCAGCCUCUCUGCUAUGUUCUCUCCUACAUGAGUGUCUCCCCUUCACGUCCAAUCAAACGCUACAAAUGAGCCUCUAUUUGUGUGCCAAAGCAGGAUGCCUCUUUGUCUCCCUGCUGGUGUGAGCUGAAAAUAAUAACCCUGCAGAAACAAUGGGGAUGCCAGUCGGGGCUUUUAAGGGAAACGGAGAGGGAAAGAUAAAUAAGAUGAAGUGUAAAUAAAAAGUAGUAAAAAAAAGUAAACAAGGUAAGCUGAAGAGGAGGAGGGAAACAGUUUUAAUCCAAAAACAAAGAGAUCGAUAUUGAAAAAGCCGAUCCAAAUGGGAGACAAAAGAAGAUGGAUGCUCCAGAGGUAGCCAACAAGCUCUUUAUAAAAGCGGGAGGGAUGUUUUGGCGAGACUGUCAGCUCUUUAGAAAACACAAACUGGAUGAGACAAUGUGGUAAAAAUUACAGAGGUGGCACAGGCAAGAUGAAAAACAUUCGCCUCACAUCAUCAAAUAUGUCAAAUUACAUUUAAGAGAUUUUAUGACGAAUUAAGCCUUUGUUUGAACCGAGAGUACAACACUCUGAUUCAACUCUAAACAAGUUUCUAUGGGGAAAAAAGCAGGUUUGAAAUGUUUAUGCACUUGUUCUGAAUAUUUUUAUCCAGCCAUCUGGUGUUAUUAGAAAAUAAAAAAUACACGGUAAAUAAUGUGGUGAAAAUAAACGAACAACAGAUGUGUUUCCUAUUGUGCCCAGAUUGUGCAGAGAUUCAAGUUGAAGGACAGUCAGUGUGCAGACUUACUACUGCUUUUCUGUCCGUCUUUGUGAUCUACACCUCAAAGUAGUGUCUGAGUGUUCUUCUUCUUCUUCUACUUUCCUGUCACCCCUCUCUUUACAAGAAUGUGCAUCGAGUAAAAUAACACAAACUUCUUGCAUGUAGCAGCUCACUGUCAACCUUGAACACACCAACAAAAGUGACUUGCACUCUACCUUAAAACCCCCUCACAUUAUGGGCGAAGGGACCUGGCCAUGAGAUGUGGAGAGGCACUCAUACUUCCUCACCGCAAAUUAGCAAGGUGGUGACAGAUGCCAUGCUGUGUGGUCCGAAGGAACAAUAAACUCCAUACACACACUCAAAUGCAAUCAACUGCACUCAUUGGUUGUGUGUUGGAUGAUCACUGUAUUAUUUUUAUGACUAACCAGCUGUGUGCUUUAAAAUUAAGUUCUGAAUCCCUGACCACCUAUCUGCAUUUAAAGCAUAAUGAGAUCAAGAGACUAUGCAAAUAAUCAUCACACUGAGCUAAUAAUGCAUCACUACUUAUGUCAGGAUUUUUAACCAGGUGGACCUGUUCUGUAAUGUCACCAUAUGUAACACCAUCUGGUCAAUUAUGUCAACACGGUGCACCCUUUAAACUUCCUUUGGCACACAGAAACGAUACAGUGCAUGUUAAGCUUACACCACUUAGACAGAAGUAUAUCUUAGAUGUUUACUUUGCGCCGCCUUGAUAUUGAACAGUCUUUGAGGGAUUAAGUCAAAGGCAGUGUAAUGAGUCCGUAACGGCUGUUUGAGAAAUUAGAAAUUCAAGUCUUUAAGCAGCAGCAGGGUUUCUGAUCAGUAUCCCAGCCUGCUCCACAACAAGUCAACUCUACCCUCUGUUCUUCAAACAAGAGGGAAAAGAUCAAUUCAGUCAUCACAUGAUAUGCUAAGAAAAGUUGCAUUGUCUCAGUCUGAGUCCUUCCCUCUCUCUCCCAUCAGCCCUCAUCAUCUUUCCUCUCUGCAGACGACAGAUCAGACGCAUAAGACAGCCUGUAUUUUACCUUCAUAAUCAACUUGACUCUCCCCAAAAGCCAAGACUUGGAUACUUCUUUAUUUCAGUUUCACAACAAGGGGGUUGCUGAUUCCUGUCAUACUUAAAGGGUUUGUUUGUUACUGAUAGAAACUGAAUCUGACUGGAUGCAAUAGGUUAAACCGUCUCCUGCUACUUACCUGGACCCACACUCAAAACUACACAACAACCUCCUGAAACAUCAGGUUAUUGUGCAUGCUGCUGCAUCUCAAUGAGUGAAAAAUGUACCUUCUGUUUAAAAAAAAAAGCCCACUUUUUGUCCUGCAUGCAUCUAUAUUCAACGAAUCCCUGAGCUGGAAAACUACCAACUGUUUAUAAAAUGAAAAUUCAUCAUCUGGCCUUGGUGCUCAGUCUGCACCAGGAAGAAGGAGAGAGAGAGAAUUCAACUGCAGCUGUCAUGAUAGACUAAAACACCUACCUGAAUCCUGAACUGAUGAGGAGCUAGCCUCAAAAUUAAUGAACACAAUUACACUGCACAAGACUAAUUAUGUUUCCAUAUCUACCUUGGAAAAAAAAAAAACAACACCUGUUUUUUCAACGUUUUAUAAAGAAAGGAAGGCUCUAUUCAUUUGCUCUGAAACAGGAUCCUAAAAAAAGAGGAGGUGUAGGGUAAUCUGACAUCAGUUCAAUAGUUCUGCCUGUCAACCUGUCCCCGAUCACUUUGAAAGAUAAGUUGGGUGUGUGACUAUUCAUCUGGGUCACUGACAUGGUUCUUAUCUUUCCCUUUCUUGAUCUAAGAUAAAUAUACAGCCGAUAGAUAAGACCGAUCCUGUCCCUGCUUGGCGGAUUCAAAGCUGAGGCUCUCCCAUUAAAACCUUAGUGUAACCAAUUAAAAGGAAAAGUGCAGACCUGGACUUUUCAUAAUGCCAAUACAGUUUUCUUUAGAGCCCCCCUUGAAUGUCAGCAAUUUACUGCUUUUAGACUAACAGGGGCUUAACAGUGCUUUAUAAGUCUGUGUCAGGACAGAAUAGGUUUGUUCCAGUCACCUAGAAUGAAACUGGGCCAUGGGAAAAGGUCUAGCCAUUUUCUUCAUUGCUUAGUCCCCUUUGGUACACACAGCCAAGUCAAAGUAAUAUCACCCCUGCUGCUCAGUAGCAUGCUUUAUUGAUUUGUGGCUUGGGCUGUCACCAUGGUCACCAUUUGCAUGGCAUGUUUAGAGACUUUUCCACCACAGUAUACUGUUGGUGUUGUUCCAGAUGAGGUGUGGAGGGAUUACUCGGGAAAAAAAACUAUGUGGUAACACACUAGUGUUUUAUCUCCUCCCUGGCCUUGCCUCACCUCAAUGUGUCCAUACUCAGUAAUUAGGGGAGAGUGGGGUAGGAUGAGCCAUUUUUCACAUUUUGGAUCACUACAUCAAGGCAAUCAAAGUUUUGUCUCUAACUAGUGUAUCUGCAUAUAUUUCAAGAUGUUGUGCAUCCCUGUAAACCAACAGAAUGAGUGUACACAUAACUGUCUUGAUAAUAUAGCAUGCCAAAAAGAGUCGUCUCCUAUGCUGAACUUACCCUGUGUACGGGGUAAGUUGACCAGGAGUGGGGUAAGUUGAGCUGUAUCCCUACUACCCCCCACUCUCCACCCCAGCCCUCCCUCACCUUCUCUCUCCCUAAAUAACAGUCACUUAUUCAAAUUCAUGUGUAUUUUUAUCUAUUAUACACCAUUCAACUGGUACAAUAAUUAUUUUUAUUGUUACUCAUUUCAACAAUCUGAACUGAAACUCUGAUCCUCUCAUCAGACUCCUUUACUUUCUCAGUUAAGCUACUGGCUCAACUUACCCCAAAACUGCUAUUAUGACUUUAUAAGUCCUCUAAGCUAAAAUAAUGGACUAUUAUGCUAAGUUUUUGACCUCAUGUUGUAGCUCAUAGAUACCACAAUUGAUGUACAAAACAAAAUUAAAAUGAUCUUUGUUGGUCUGAACACAAUUCUAAUAAAACUUAUGGCAGACUAAAUUCAAUUUCAAGAGUGAUUUUUUUUUUUUGUAAAUAAAUAUCUAACCUCUUCAUCCAUGUGCUUCUAAGCUGACAAACUGCAUGAAUUGAUGCCCAGCUCCUAAAUAUUUGGUCGCAUGAUCAAUUUCUUUGACCAUUUCCAAGCAACAGGGGGUGGCUCGACUUACCCCACUCUCCCCUAUUUUAUCUCUGGCCUUGCCUUGCCUCAUUGUAUCCAAACUCAGCAAAUACCCAUUUACCCACAUAGUCUUCUCUUGUUGACACGCCUGAACUCUGACUUCGUAGCCAGACGAAAGGGCAACUUGUUGUUUUUCCAUUUCAAUUACAUUGAUUCUAAUUCAAUUACACAGGUCUGUCACAAUACCACGAAUUGAUCACAUUCAAUCAGAUCAUGUGCAAUAGCCCAGACAACCCUUCCACCCCUAAAUGAUCACAUUAAUCUGAUUCAGUGAUGCUCCAGUAGGUUAGAAAACACACACAGCUGACCCACAAAACCAGCCUCUUGGCCACGGGCCUUUGACACAGAGAGCAGGUGCAGUGAGCGGAUAUCUCCUGAUCGAUCGGCUUUCAAACCCUGGGCUUCAAGCUAACAAGAGCUAGCGAGCUAAACCCGUGUGAUGCGGUGUCUCUUUAGAGCUAAUGCAGCUGAUAGAUAGCUACGUGACUGCCAACAACAAUAACGCUACUUACUCAGUGGUCCACCAGGUCCGAGCACCUGGUCUUUGGCAGGCGGGGUGCCGCUCUGUCGCUCGAAGUUGCCCGGGUUGGAGAAAUAGUCCCUCAGUCUUGGAAGCUCCCUGCCAGCUUCCAGUAGUUCAGUGUGAAACUCCAGGGCCGUGAGGAUGUACUGGUCCCGUAACAACUGAGCGGCUAUGACAUCUACUGACACCCGUGUAUCAGCGCCGCCUGCCAUAGCGGAGCUGGCUGCGACCGAGACCGCGAUGCCCUCACCGCUGGGGCUGGUCCGGUUGCUUGACAGCAGGAGCGUCGGAGGCUCGGCGUCCGCAGGCGGGGAGAACGGAUUACCAAGCGGCGGCCCUGGCGCCCCGUCACUCGGGCUCCUCUCUGUGUCAACGGUUUCAUUCGGGCGCCGUUCAGCUUCUUCUUCUGAAUCGCUGAGAUUAAACGGGUUCACCGACGCCAUUUUUGCACUAUUAAGAUAUCCUGCAACCACAAGCUAGCUAGGCUAAUCGGACCCGUUUCUUCCUGAAUGGAAAGCUAGCUACUGUUUGGUAGGAAGCUAUGACAAGAGGGAAAGAAUACAAAGAUGUGAUUGGUCAGAUAUGAGCGACGUUGCCCUUAAGCCCGCCUCUUUCAUGGGAUAACUGGAAAUGAUUGGAUAAGAGAGAGACAGAAAGAAAAACUGGGCAAGGCAUGUUUGACAGCUGAGCCGGAGCUAGUAAAUGUUUUAUCUCAACCCCGCAAGCAGCGAAAACGACACUAUCAUAAGAUUUGUGACACAUUGAGUGAAAUCUAUAUGCUCAAAAUAAAUUCAUUUAGCCCAAAAGCUGUUUAAAAAGGAAAACGAUUGGAGGAAUUUUCUUCCUGGGAAAUAUUUUUUAAAACUACAAUACCCACAAUUCAACAACGUACACAAGCCAAUACGUUGACGUCAACGCCAACACAAGGAAGUGAAUGCUCAUGGUACCUGAAUUUCUUGUAAUCUACUUAAGAGUGAGGGACAGUUGGUUUGUAAACGGACGCACUUAAGGACUACGUUGACCUGUUUUCGCACGCAAAGGUCCUCAUCUCUCGGGGACUGUUGAUGUGUAAAGCUGGUUCCUUCACGAAGAUAAAAUGGAAGCUAUAACAGGUGAAUAGAAGCAGUGGCACUGGCUAGAUCUGCUCCUCCAUUCAUUCAUCAGUCAGACUAACAACAGGGUGUUAUAUGGACUGGUUCCAUGAUCGCUGCGUACAGGUAAGAUUUUUCACAUUAUGUAAAAAUUUAAUUGGUUUAAGGUAAUACUCUCCCCUCCAUGAAGCAAACCUUAAUGUUUACUGUGCUUGUAAUGUACAAUUUAAAUGUCAUAACUUACUUAUAAAGUUCUCUGAUGGCAUAUGGUGACAUAAGGAUUACCCCCUACCCUUAAGCAGUCUUUACACUUUGGCUUAACCAGCAUACAUUGUACUUAACCUUUCAAACACACUCUUCUGUUGAAGCUAAACCCCCUACCAUGAAAUCAAAGAUCUUUAUAUCAAAUUAUCCAUAUUUAAUCUGAUCUAGGGCUGGCAGAUAAAACUAUAAUGAUACCAAAAAUGAAUUUCAAUGGUCGGCAUUCUGCCAUGUUUAGGUCGACUGUACGAAUAGCCAAUGAGUAAUGAGUAGAGUAGGUGCACAUCACUACUCCAGAGUAAUGUGCACUGCAAAUUAUGUCGAGUACAUGUUCUCGCAAAGUCGGGGAACACCUCAAAUCUUUUUCACUACCUGAAGCAGUGCCACACGGCAAAGGACGGGCAAUGCAAAAGGUUACAAACCCCAAGCGGAGCAAGGAGCCCACAGCGCCUGUGCAGCCGAAACAGCCGACCAUUCAGCCCACUUUCUCUAGCGCAACGCCUAACGACAAAACAAAGAGACACAAAGACCUCACAGAUGCAGUAGCUUAUUGUAUUGCAAAGUCCACCAAUAAUCACUGUUGAAUUUCAUUUUUUAUAUCGCGAUAUAUUUUGAGAUUGACUGAUAUGAAAAAAAUAUAUUGUGAUAAACUUUUUCCCGUAUCGCUCAGCCCUAAUGUGAUCAUUUAUGUCUUUCCCCUCUAGUCUACAAACCUGACUGCUCUGCAGACCAAACUCAGCACUGAUACUCAAAAUGAGGAUGAUCACCUUCUUUGUGGUUGGACUGGCUGUCCAUGUGGUCUUCUUCAUCUCUAUCUUUGACAUCUACUUCACCUCUCCCCUGGUUCAUGGGAUGACACCCCGGACCCCACCCCUGGCUCCCCCUGCCUCCAGACUGGUGUUGUUGGUGGGUGAUGGCCUCAGAGCAGACAGUCUCUACACACUCCUCCAGAACGGUUCAUCUCGAGCCCCUUACUUGAGGUAAGGAAGUGGACAUGAUGUAGUAUGUCUGUAUGUUUUAACAGAAAAGAUAACACUAUCUGUUAUCUCCUGAGUGACUAGAAUUUGUGUGUGCUUGUCCUUUUCUCUCUAUAUAUCAGGAAAAUAAUAGAAGAGAGGGGUACCUGGGGUGUGUCACACACACGAGUACCCACUGAGACUCGUCCUGGGCAUGUCGCUCUCAUUGCCGGCUUCUAUGAGGAUGUUAGUGCUGUUGCUAAAGGUAACUGUGCAUCCACGCAGAUGAGUGACGACAUGAAAGCUACUGCCAAGUGUUUGAACAAUCAUAAGUGUUAUACAUUUGUUUUUGUGUGUGUGACUUUUAAUAAGUCUGUUUAAAAGAAGGUGUACUGACCUUUUUUGUGUGCCUUUAGGAUGGAAGGAGAAUCCCGUCGAGUUUGACUCUGUGUUUAAUGAGAGCAGAUACUCCUGGUGCUGGGGCAGCCCUGAUAUCCUGCCUAUGUUUUCCAAAGGUACAAAAGUUGACUUGAGCUCCCACUCUCAAAUACCGUAUAACAUAAUCAGAAUUAUUACAAAACUACAAGUUCAGAGAUGGAGAGCAAAUCUAUAAUGUAGACAUAUAAACCUUUGUAUGUAAUUGCACAACAACAUCUCUUUUUAAUGACACGGUUUAUUAUGUACUCAUCAUUUAGGUGCCAGCGGAGACCACAUGUAUACCCACGCUUACCCAGCAGGGGAGGAGGACUUUGCCUCCACCGAUGCCUCCAGGCUGGACACCUGGGUGUUUACUCAAGUCAAAGUAUGGUAGUGAAAUUACUAACACUCAAAUAUUGUUUUAGAUAUAAUUCCUGGAGCUUUGAUGGUGAAUUCACACUGCUAUCUUGAUUUUGUCUUUUUCUCUUCCUAGUCAUUCUUUCAGUCUGCAAAAACAAACUCCAGUCUGAGGGACAGUCUGCUGAAGGAUAAAAAUAUCCUUUUCCUGCAUCUUCUGGGCAUCGACACAAAUGGACACGCUCACAGACCAAUGUCCAAGUAAGAGCUAACAAAUUAUGUUCUUGUUGUGUUGCUGUUUUUUUGAACCUCACAUGUAUAAUAUAUAAUAUAAAAUUAUAUCAGCAUAUUCCCCCAAAGCAUUAACACAUAAGUAGCACUAACAUGAUACUUUCUUUGUCUUUUCUCCAGGGAAUACCUGGACAAUAUUGCUCUCGUAGACUCUGGUGUAGCUGAGAUGGAGUCUCUCAUAGAAGAGUUCUUCGAUAAUGACGGAAGAACAGCGUAUGUGUUCACCUCUGAUCAUGGGAUGACAAACUGGGGUAAGAGUCUAGUUUGUGUACAUCUGCCUCUUUACCCAUUGCAACUAGAAUGGAAAGACUUUUUGACGUUUCUGUUUCUCUGUUUGUAUCCAGGAUCACACGGUGCAGGCCAUCCCUCUGAGACCCUCACCCCUUUAGUGGCAUGGGGAGCAGGAGUGAACAGCGCCCACAGAGUCACUGAACCCCAACCAUACAAAGACGGUUACCUACAAGGUGUUAAACUCAUACUUUGUGCAGAACUGCUCGCUUAAAUUCUCAAAUUUAUAUUUUGGUUUUAGUUUGAGAUAUAUGCUUGUUUUAUUAUUUUUAGAUAGGGUGAAAUUCUGCAUUAUAAAGAUGUGUUUUGUAAUUUUUCCUUUUUACAUUGUCCUUAUUUUAAACUCGCUAUUUCUGUCAGAUUGGAAUCUGGAGCACAUUCGCAGAGUUGACGUUAAUCAGGUGAGGAUGAUAGCUUCAGCACUUCUUCAUGAAGUCACUGACAGCUUUACCAUUGAAAAUAGAAUGUCAAAGUAUUAAAUAUAACAGAGCAGCAGACAUUAGAGUGAUAUAUGCUAUUCUGUUUCACUGUUUUUUGCAGGGAGACAUUGCUGCCUUGAUGGCUUCUCUCAUUGGUAUACCUUUCCCUCUUAACUCUGUUGUAAGUCUGUUUAUAAACCAUAUAUAAAUUCUGCAUUCUGGUUCAUUUCUGCUUUAUCAGUUUUAGUCAUACACUUUUUUAAUCAAUGUUUUUUUUUGUCUCCUUAGGGUGUGUUACCCCUUCUAUACCUCAACAACAGUGACCAGUUCAAAGCAGAGAGCAUGUACACAAAUGCUAUUCAAAUAUUAGAGCAGUUCAAGGUAGGAAAGCAUGUAGCCCUACUUUCAUACAUUGAGCCGGUUAAAUAAUCACCUAUCACUUCAUUGUAUUUGUAUCCAUUAAGCAUCUUGAACUGGUUUUAUUGCUCCUGCAGGAAGAGAGCAAUAACAUCAGACUGGGAACAAUCCUAAUUAACUGAGAAGCCAGCAGUGUUGACAUACUUAUAUCUCUUCUCAGUAUCAUUCAUAUUCCCCAGCAUCUCAAACCAAAAUGAAGUAAUAAGCAGAUUAGCUACAGUAUUGCUAUCUCUCCUUACCCAUCUGAAGACUGAGAUGAGACCUAUUUCUUGUAAUUACAAGAUCUUUUUCUCAGACUUUUAAGAUCUUUAUCCCAUAAGAACAAGAAAAUAUCUUGUAAUUAUGAGAUCCUUAUCUCUAUCCCCUCCAAAAUUAUAAUUCAAAGUGACAUGAUGUGGAUACUUUUAGGUUGCAAUAUGCCUCUGCGUGUCUUUUUAUGCAGAAAAUCUGUUUUCUGAUGGAGGUUUUGUUGUUUUUUCAGGUGAAAAUGACCCAAAAGAAGGAGACAACUUUGUCUUUUCUCUUCACCCCAUACCAGUGAGUAUAAUUAGCAAGAUUUGAUGUGCAAUGACACCCAAGUGAAUUACUAAGUUGUGUUUUUUUUUACGCUGUUAUUGAAGUUGAACUCAAAAAGGUCUCUCUGAUUUCCCAGACAACUCACAGAGUCAAAACAGGCAGAGUUCAUCAACAGGGCCAGAAUACUGAUUCAGCUGGAGAAGUAUGAAGACGCUGUGAGUAUCUGGAAAGAGUUAAAACAGUCUGCAGCUUAGAGGUAGAUUUAGAGCUUUGAAUCAUUUAAAGCUCUCAGAUUAGUUGUUAAUACUUUAAUUAAGCUGAUUUUGAAAUAUGGUUUCUACACACAUCUUGGUAUUCAAGUGCAUUAGUAAACAUUGCAGUGUGUUAAUAGCAAAGCAAAAAAGUGUGUGUGAUAUUCAGCUGGUGUGAUGCCUGAUCUGCCUGACAGCAGCAGAACUGGCUCAGCUUUGAUAAAUCCUGCCUCCACCGACAAACGUCAUGGUCGUCUACUUUGAUUAAAUGAUUAUCUGCCAGGUUCCUUUGUUGUUACAUCACAUUCAGUAUUGAUUUAACCUCUUUUGGCUUUUCUUUCUCGACUUUCCCUUUGCCUGUCUCUGUCUAGAUCUCUCUGUGUCAAUCUCUCAUAUCUCACGCUCUGGAGGGCCUGGUCUACUACCACACCUAUGACCGGUUCUUCCUGGGUUGCAGUGUGGUGCUGGGAUUUGUGGGCUGGACCUCAUAUGUUGUCCUAGUCAUACUGAAGACUCACGCCAGCCUUGACAGACAUCCCAGUCUCCUCAAACAGGUCAGGGCGCACUUUGUGAUGCCUUUAGCCACCCCUGCAAGAUUAGAAAACUUGAUUUUCUUGCUUAGUUACAUUGUGGUAUUGCUACUUUAUGUUCGCAGAUUCCCGACCGUACCCUGGCGAGGCUGUGUAUGUGUGUGACAGUGCUGAUCACUGUGUUUCUGCUGAUUCAAAGGAGCCCCGUUACCUACUACAUUUACUGCCUGCUGCCUGUUCCUGUGUGGUACUCUGUCCUUAAAGAGUAAGUUCGUUGAAAAGAUGCUAAAUAAAUAACACAGCUGUACAUAUUCUAAACAUUAAAAUCUAACAAGCAAAUCCAACACACAGACCAGGAGUGUCGACACACAACCAACCAAAUAUUAAUCAAUAAAGCUUUAUUCAGCGGGUGUAAUUUACUCACACACUCUUGUUCAAACAUGUCAGUGGCAGUGAAGUGUUAAUUAGAUCCUUUGAACUGCUCUUCUAUCCAUUCAUGUGUCUGUUGUGUGAAUUGAUGAAAAGAUGCUCCAUGCAGUCCCUCUUUUCUCUUGUAUCACAGGGAAAAAUAAUCUCAUUUAUGAUCUUUUUUUAGGUGUGGAACUCUGACAGAUCUGAUUCGCUCUGCUCCCUCUCUGCCUUUGUGGAAAUGUUUCUGCUAUUUUGUGCUGGUGGCGUUUGGAAUCGAGCUACUGGUAGGGGGUCUAAAUGCUUCUUCAUGCGGACACAUUUGUGUGAUUACAACCAAUGAAGGGUUUUGUUUGAACAAAAAGAACAUAUUGCAGAUUACUGACAAUCUUAAAAGCGGUCUGAGGUUGCUCUAUAUUCAAUUUACCUUUGCUGCCCCCAGGUGGUGAGCUUCUUUCAUCGCGCCAUGCUGACUGUCGGCCUCGCCACCCUCUCUUUCUGGCCUUUUGUGUCAGGUCUCUCUGGCACUGCAAAGGUAACUAUUUCACAGAAUGCUCUCCUGAAAGUCACAAUGCACAAAGAUAAAAAAAAAAAAAAACACAUACUCUUUUCCCACACAUGAAAAAGAAACUGAAUAAAACACUGUAUGACUCUUGGGAGUUUUUAAACACAAGGUGGAGUAACAACUCUGCGAGUAAAUUUCCUGGAUUGGGGUUUUGGUCAAGGUAUUUAGCUACCACAUUAAUGACUCUGGGCUUCAGUGAUCUCAGUCAAGACACAAUGAAAUCAAUCAUGCCAAAUCUGAUUUAUUCAAGUGAACAAAAUCAGCAUUUAAGACUAUUUUAUAACAGAUCCAUGACCAAAUAAAUGAAAAAUAAAAUAAGGAGAAAAUAUUAAUAAAUAAGUACAAUCAAAGAAAAAAAUAAAAACAUUAAUUUCCCUUCGUUGAUAAAAUAAAGUUAUUUUUAUUCUUAUUCUUAAAUAUUAUGAAAUGACUUGACAUGUCACAUAUUCUUUACUACAUUAAGCUUAUUAUUCUGAAUGUCUCCGAAAUAAUGUAAUUUUUCUCCCUGCAAAAGUAUCAAGAAAACAGUUGGAGGAAGUGUUGUUGAACUUUAAUGAAUAAACUAUUCUGACAUUACUGGGAAACAAAAGUACAUGCGUGUCUACUUUGAAGCAUUUGGUUUAUGAAAUUAUGGAUUCAUUCUUAUUUUCUGUUUUUUCUUUGGCUUUGUUCAGUUUCGCUCCCUGAGCUGGUUUCUGGGCUGUCUGUGUUUGGCUGCUUUCCCCCUGAUGCCGGUUGUGGGCAGAGAGCCUAACAUACAUCUGGUGUGAGUGUUUCCUUUAUUUGCCUGCAUUUAUCAGAAAGUUUACCACAGUGUUCUGCUUUAGGUUUUACUUUGGCGAGACACAAAACCCAUGUUUGGGUUGUUACUCAGGAAACAAUUCAUCCAUUUCCACUUUACAUAGUAGUUUAAUUUUGUAUUGUCAAGAACAAUUGACGGUUCAGGCUGUUUUAGUUGGAAUUACUCUAAUUAUAUGCGUACAAAUACUUCCUCAAGCUUUACAGUACUCUUCCUAAGGAACCAACUGUAAAAUGUGAAUAACAGAUACAGAAGCCUUAUGAUACUCCUCAUAAUGAGAACUUUCUCAUUAGAUCAGCUUUGCAGUUACAUUAGACAUUAAUAAAACGAUAACAUACUGUUUGUUUGUUUGUUUCUUCAGUACCUGCGCUGGUCUGCUCACUCUUUUCACAUCAGCCUGUUACCUUUGGUCCUCACGUCACAGAACACCACUGCACCUAAGUGACAGGCAGCAGUUUGUCAUGCAGGUAAAUGCAGUGCAUGUCAUGUUAUAUACUUAAUGAGCUUGUGUGUGAUUGUGUUGGCUGGGUGAUGGGGGAGGUGGGUUGUUGACUGUGAGUGCAAAAUAUAAUAAUGAUAAUUGAUUACUGUUUACACUUAACAGAUGCUCCAUGUGGCAGUGUGUGCAUACGUGCCCUCGCUCACACACUCCAGCCUGCAGCAGAAACAAGGGCUGCCUCUCCUUAAUCAGAUCAUCAGCUGGACCACAUUAGGUAGGUGGACAAGACGUAUCUACUGUUCACCACCUCAGAAAAACUCAGAGAUUAUACUAAGAUUCAUCAAUGAACGCAAUCAUUUUGAAACUCACAAGCCUGUUUGAAAACAACACCCCCAUCAAAAUUUAGCAAACCUGUUUUUUUCUUUAAUUUUGUCAAAAAAAAAAUCUGAGCUGAAGUAUUUAAGACCCUAAGAUGUUGGAAAAUCCUGUUUCUGUAAGGCUUCCACACUGUGGCGGUCACUUUUUGUUCAAUAGGCGGGUAAAAAGUACUUGUAUUUGUGUUAGAAGUCUAAUUUUCAUCAGGUGUCUUUGUUUUCUUCAAUUUUUGGAUGUCCUUGGAAUAUGUUAUGACAGGUUGCCUUGAGGUCCUUUUGUUUGCUGAUUCAUCUUGAAUUGAAGACCUAUAUUUUCAGUGUAGUCUAUCUAAUCUGCUUUGUUAUACGUUAGAUGAAAUACCCUACCCUACAAGCUUAAAGUCAAACUGUAAUUGUCAACAAUUUUGUUUAAUUCUGGUGCUUUUGAAUCUCACUAUCUCUCCUUUUCUCCAGCAUCUUCUUUGCUGGUUCCUUUAUUAAGCUCCACACGAAUCUUCCACCGCCUCCUCAGCAUAUUCCUGUCACUCACAGCUACAUACCUGCUGCUCAGCACUGGGUAAGACUAGAUCUUUCACUUGCACACCUAAUGCAGCUGCACUCAAACAUUAAUCCAUGUCUUGUGUAGAGUUUUAUUACUACAGCAAAGCUUCAAAAGCACAUUUCUAAUGUCUACCCAGGUCAGAGGCCUUGUUCCCCCCGGUGUUGUCUUGGCUGAUGUUUGUCUGGAUUAAUAUUGAACAGGAAGCUUUGCACGCUCAGGGGGUCUCAGGCAGGCAAGAGGUAAGUUUCCAAACUUAGAUUUGGUAAAGCGGUAGACUGUGAACUGCACGAGUGAGAUGCAAACUAUUAACAGUCAGAUAAAUGUGUGUCGAUUUGCCUUUUCAGGUUCUCAGUAAACUAGGUCAGUGUGGUUCUGAAUUUAUUCCAAAAGCCUUUCGGUCUUGGUUAGAGUUCUGGUUGUCGUUCUUUUCUUGGUACUUGGUUCAAUCUUUGAGAGGCAUUCUCUUUGUUUUCAUUUCUAUUUACUUCAAAAUAAAAACUGUAGUUUCACUCCAUCCACCGCUCCCUUCUUCAGUGACAUUUUUUAAUUAAAGAAAGACGUCAAUUGUGGCUGUGUUAUACUGACUUAUUGCCACUUUGGUUGGCACACAUUCACUUUUGUUUUUUUUUUUUCUCCUUCAGCUCUCCACUGUUGAUUUCUCUGCAAACAUCGACAUCACCAAGAUCCGACAGCUGAAGCUGGACGACAUCAGACGAUCGUAUUUUUUUGUAUCCAUUUUAAGAGGAUUUGCAAAAGUAACUUUGAAAGAAUGACCAUAUUUGCAGUUAAUUCAUGACAAAUGAUGAUAAAUUAGCUUUUAACUAUUGCAUUAACACCACGUAAAGUCUUUCUUUUCCCUAACACACGCUUCAGGUGUUUUUUAUAAUUACAGCUUUCUUUGGCACAGGGAACAUAGCUUCUAUUAACAGGUAUGUACAAUUUCUUUUUAUGCAUGCCACAAACUCCUGAUAAUUUUCAGAAAUUUGCAUGUGCAAAUGCAGCGGCAGAUUUUUUCACCCUAGCUCGUAAAAGCAAGAGUCAAUGUGUGAACAGAGAAGGUGAACAACAGGAAAUUUCACUGUCUUCGAGCAGUAAAGGGUGAUGACUUUUGUAUCAUUCAAGCCAGGGGUGACCGUUUGGAUCAGGAUGUUGCUUCACGCUCUUAUCUUCAACUUCUCAGUCAUUGAUACUGUAAUUACGUCUGUUUCCAUUUAGCUUGAAUUUCGAAGGCAUUGUCCUCUACCUCACCUGCCUCAUUGGAAAUCUUAUUAAUGACACACUGAGUCUCCUGCAGCUCCAUGAGAGCCUGCUCCUAUUCUACAGGGGGGAACACAGCUGUUAGCGACAGGUGUGAAUAAGCAACUUUGUAAAUUUUCAGGGGCAGACUGUCCUGAAAUAUUUAAAACAAGUUUACAGUGCAUACUAUGCUAAAGGUGUAUGCUCAAUUGUGUGGGUUAGCGGCAGGAAGUUUUGUCAAGGGUGGUGUUGGGGUAUGUGGUUGUGCAUGGGUCAGGCAAUGUAGAGCAACAUCUUAUUGUUGCAUUGACUUUUUUGACUGUAUGGCCUCUAUUUCAGUCUGUUUCGACUUCUGCAUAAGAUCACAUAUCCUUCACUACGAGUCCAAAAUCAUACAAUCAUUCUCAGUCGUCAGAGUGUGGCUGUACAUGGGUCAGUCAGUGCUUAAGUGAAGGUUUUACUCUUUCUCAUGUGUGACUUCUCUCAAACCAUAAGCAAGUGUCAGUGAAAACAGGAAGGACAUGAAGGAUGUGUGUGAAAAUAGGAGUGCACACUAGCUGUCUGUUCCUUAUUUGCAUUGUUUAGACCGCAGUUUUCUCUGUUGUGCUUUUCGCAGUGUUUUAAUCGCUCUGUGCUAAAAAACUAAUAAAAUCUGAAGAAGCUGUGACCUCUGAUUCUUUAAAUAUUGUGCAUGUUUUUUUAUGUACCCACUGUGUUUAAUUCUCCCUCUUUCGUGCAGUUUUGACCCGGCCUCUGUGUAUUGUUUCCUCACUGUCUUCAACCCCUUCAUCAUGGGAGGGCUUAUGAUGUGGAAGGUAACCCUGUGCAUGACAUCUUUCACUCUUUCUGUAGAUUGUGGCGAGUCAUUAUCUACCCAAGCAUCGUGCUCUCUGGUUUAUCCUAAAAUCUUUUCAAAUCAACUUCCUUUUUCGUGUCUAAAACUGAGUCGGCACAGCUGCCAGCUCUCACCCCACUCUCUGACCUUUUUUUCUACCCGUUCUGGUCGAGUUCUCAAAGUUGCUAAUUCAUAGAUUGCGACACAGUUGUCCAAAUACAAAAAGCAGUUUCACUUAAGCCUGUUAACCUGAACCUCCUUAUUAAAUCUGCUGUCUUUUGUUUCUCCAGGUCAUCAUUCCAUUCAUAAUAGUAAUGUGCACGUUUGAGACCAUCCAAGUCGCGACGCAGCUCUCAUCGAGAAGGUAACCCCACUCUUUUUUUUUUGAUAUAUCAGGGCAAAUGUGUUGAACAAGGAUUGAUCCAGGAGUAGUAGCAGAUAGAAAGUAUAUUAAGUACAGUAUUUGCUCUUUUUGUCACUUACAUUUACCAAAAAAUGGUGGAUACAAUUUUGCCUCAACAAUUUCUUUUAUCACAUCUUGCUCAUCAGGCUUCCCCUCAUCUGUUUUGUCUUAUUUUUUUCAGUUUAUUCCUCAUCGUCCUGGUCAUCUCAGACUUGAUGGCUCUGGUAAGGUAUUUUCUGUAUAUGCUCUUUAUUUAUCUUUCUUUGAUAAUACUUUUGUCCUUCCUUAAAUUUGAACCCACAAAAACAUAACGUUUACUCAAUCUUCCCCUCCCCAGCAUUUCUUCUUCCUGGUGCAAGACUACGGCAGCUGGUUGGACAUUGGUACCAGGUAAGAAAACAAGGAAAGACACGGCUCCUAAAAGAUCAACCAUGUAUUAAUGAUUAACUUGACGUGCAUGAAAACAUUCGCAAAUGUAUUGGUCUCCAGUCUCCAUUUUUAAAGGGAUAUUUCACCCAGACACUCUUACAUUAACGUUUCCUCUUCUGUAAUCUCUUGCAGCAUUAGCCAUUACGUAAUAGUGAUGUCAAUGACCAUCUUCCUGAUGUUGCUCAGCGUGGUAACGCACACCUUCACCUCAAAAAGAGUCAUCCUGUGGAGGAGACCCAAGAUGCACUUCACCUAAUAAACUGACAUUAGUGUGUGCACACUGGCUUACCACAGAAACCAGAUGUUAGACUGUUUUUUUUUUAUACUUUUGAUCGAUAUCUGCCUUAUUAAAACAGAACUUCUAUGUUUAUGGGAUACUGUUUUAGGGCUAUGAAUACUGUUAUGAACUGUGAUAAGUUUGGAAAUUGGUUUUGAGCUUCAAGUAGUCAACUCAAAACUAUCAGAAGGCUGUGCCACGUAACUAACUUUGAAUUUCACAUGAGCUGUAAAUAUUUUCUGUUUCUUUAGUUCUCAUCAGUUGUCUCGUGGUUAUUACAUUAGUGUGUGAUUUAAGGGAGUAAAUACUUUUAAUCAAUCUAGACUCAUCUCUGUGGCAAAAGAUGUUUUUCUUUUGCUCUGUACUCUUUCAUUCACUAACAUUGUUUUUGCAAUAAUCAUUAAUAAAGACAUGAAAAGCUACUUGAAUAUUUAACCGCGAAUAAUGUCUUUGCCAAGGGUGCUGAUUUAUCAUCUACCAAAGAAAGUUAACUCAUGUUUUCAUUGUUCCUGUGAAGCUGCCUGAAGAAUGUAAAGUGAAGAACGGAGGGAUGUUAUUUGUAUUUAUUGUGACUGUUUGUAUGAAUGAAACUGAACAACUAAAA